UCUAGAGAGAGAAAGGGAAAAAGAGUCAAAGCAGCUGCAGGAAUGGCUCGGCGUAGCAGUUGGUAUUUGUAAUGGUAAUCAUUCGGGUUUACAGGUGAAGAUUAGAAGCUCGUGACCAGAAUUUUUUCUUUUGCAGCAUUACAAAUAAGAAUCACAAUGCUACCCUUAGCUAUAUCAUCAGUAUCCUUCUCGAGGAAUUUGCAGACACCAUCUUCUUCACCUUCGUCUCUCUCUCUCUUCCUCUUUUUUUCUUGUCUUCAUAGCCUCUAUAUGCUGGAGCUAUAAAACCUCAGCAUUUUUAACGGGUUUUGCCUAAAAAGGGAAUUCUUUUCAAAGCUGAAUAUGAUAGAGUUCUUGUUCUCGUUGAAGUUCUCUAUAGAAAGAGUCUCUCUUUUACCCUUUCUGUGGUAAAAGUCCUUUAUUUUGAGAGGAUCCUUUGGGAUUUUAUUUUAUUUUUCUGUGUUUCUGUGAGGAAGAUUGAAGAAUGGGUAGUUGUGCGAGGAACAGUGGGGUUAGGCAAUAUAUAAGAUCAAAGGUGCCUAGAUUAAGAUGGACUCCUGAUCUUCAUCACUGUUUUGUUCAUGCCAUAGAGAGGCUUGGAGGCCAGGACAAGGCAACUCCAAAGCUUGUUCUCCAGUUGAUGGAUGUUAGAGGACUCACCAUUUCUCAUGUCAAAAGUCAUCUUCAGAUGUACAGAGGCAUGAAGUCUGAUGUGAUGAGCAAACAAGGUACAUAUUCAUUUUUGGGAAAUGAUGAUGGUUUCCUCUAUUGGUUCACUUCCGUGUCCAUUGUUAAUGUUGAUGACAUAGUUGUUGAUUCCUUGAUACUGACUAUUUAA